AUGCCGGGGGUCCCAAAGUCUUGUGCCGUCUGCCAGGCUCGUAAACCGCCUCGCAGUGUGAUAGAAGGAUUCCCGCAUGCUCUCAAUGCGUCAAAUACCAAUGGCACUGCCAUGGAUACCCGACAGCGAGGCCGAAAAACAAGAGAUCUAGGCAUGAUGGGCCACAAAGUAAGGAAGGCCGUCGCCUACCAUUUACCGGAACAGUCAUUCCGACUUGAUUGGGACGAAUGA